AUGGAAGUCGCUAUGGGUAGAGGGAGAGGCCGAGGAGGUGGCGGUGGCGGUCGAGGUGGCGGUCGCGGUCAAGGUGGACGUGGCCGUGCACAUGGAGCAGCGAGGGCGUUGAUCGCGGUGGCGGUGCCUGGUGGGCGUGGCCGUGGACGCGGCCGUGGGCGCGGGCGUGUCGCUGGACGUGGGUGUGGGCGUGGCGCUGACCCUGGAGAGGAUCCCCUGUUGGAGAAUGAUUAUCUGAGGUUCGAGGAGGGGAGUGAGGCUUAUCACAGAUGUGAAAAGAUUCGUCGUAUGGAGAUCGGCGGCCACUGUGCCCUCGAUUGGGAUGCUCUAGAAGAGGUCGCGGAGGCGGCGAGAGCCUGA